AUGUAUUUAGGAGUAACUCUGGUGACAGGCUGGCUUACAGCAAGAAAUUUGGAACUGUUGGUGAACAAAAUUCAGAACAAGGUGGCAGUUCUCAAUGUUCCAAAGGUCCUUUUAUCCAAGCUUAAUUCCAUUCUCUCAACAUUCUUUUGGGGUGAGUAUAAUGGUAAAUUGAAGCACAAGUGGGUCUCUUGGUCAACUAUCUGCAAACCGACCAAUGAAGGAGGGUUAGGACUUCGUGACUUCAAUGAAAUGCAGAGUUCUAUGCAUAAGAAGCUUGUGUGGCGUCUCCUUACGUUGGAUAAUCUCUGGACGCAGUUCUUUCGAGCUAAGUAUGCGAAGGAAGGCGGCCUGGUCAUGGCAGCUUCACGGGCUAAUGGCUCACAGUUCUGGAAAGCACUUAUGCAGGUGUUCCCAGCGGUCUAUGAUCACACAAAGGCUUUAGUUAAAGAUUUUUGGGUUGGUAAUGCUUGGGAUGAGAAUGCUCUUAUUGAAAUGAUUGGAGAAAACAGAGCUCUUGAGGUGGUACACUCGGUUAAGGCUGGUAAAGAGGGCUCUGAUGUUUAUAUUUGGGAACCGACUCAAAAUGGAAUUUUCACCACUGCCUCAACAUGGGAUAUUAUUCGAACGCGCGGAUCAGUUCUAUGGGUGUCCCUCUUGCCUCGCGAUGUGAUUGUUGUAUCAAUGGUUGCAUUGAGACUUUGGAUCAUGUGUUAUGCACUGGGAAAAUUGCUAAGGCAGUCUGGGAACGAGCUGCAUCUGCACUAG